AUAAAUCUUAUUUAUACGUGUCUUUUCUCUACAAUUCCUUGAUGCUUUAAACUUCCCAUCUUCCACCGACGACAACCGGCAAAAGGGAAAAUCUGUCUAUCGGACUUCAGUUAAGCUGAAAUGGGUCAAUCUUCAUCGGCCGAGCAAGUGUCGCCGGAGCAACGGGAAGCAGAAUCUAUAGCUGCUUCAACUGGAGCUCUUCCUAAUCUUAAAAAAGCUUUCUCUGUUCUUUCUGAUCCUCAAACUCACUCCAUCCCCAUUCAUUCUCUUCAGAAAUGUUUUGGAUUCUCUAUUGAUGGAUCAACAAACGAAGAGUCUGUAGUGCCAACGGAAUUUCCAGUUUUGAUGAGUAAUUUGAGUUCUUCAAUAGUUGACUUGUUUUUCUUGUCUGAAAAGGGAGGUGUCAGUUGGGUUGAGUUUCUAAAGGGCUAUAUAAAGUGUUCUGGAAGGACAGUUAGUUCAGCUUCACUUAAUAGUUUGUUGAGGUUAUUUGGGAUGGUAUCUGUUAAGGCAGGUCUUCCGGAAAAACUACAGGUCGUUUCCAAUGAGGAUGAUUGUAAAAUCAGUGGAUUUUUAUUGCCUGUUGAUGUUCAGAUGCUUCUUUCUCUGUGUUGGAUUAUGUGGUGGGACUCGAACAAGUUGAAGGCUUCAUCUAGUUUAGGUGAUUCUGGUCUUCCAGAUGUUACGCAUUUGGUUUUGUCAGCUAUAGACUCUUGUGCCGAAGCUGAUAAAAAAAUGGAUUUAUGGGAUAACAGCAUUUUAGAUAUGGAUAUACAACUUCCUGUUGCAAAGAUUAUAAUGUGGGCUUUGAAGACAGUGCCAAGCCUCUCCGAUUGCUUUGGAAAAUUUGUCCAUGCUAGACUGUUUUACGUAGCCGCUCACGAGCAGGAAAAACUUGACCAAGCGGACCUUUUCUCGCAUGAUAUUUCUGCAAAGGAAAGGAGCGUUGGCCAUCUCCUUAAUUCUGGAAGGGCUUGGGCUAUCUCACUUACAUUGAGGGGCAUUUUAAGUGAAGAAAUUUCAAAAGUAUGCUUUCCAAGUGCUGCAGAGGAAGUAGAUGAUUACCUACUUUAUCGGUCUUCCCUUCAUGGAAAAGGUCUGAACAGAUUCUGGUCAAAUAUUGAAGGAUAUAAUGCUCCAUUGCUAAUUCUUAUCUCUGCUCAUGAGGCCAAUAAUGACGCAAGGAGAUGGACUAUUGGUGCUCUCAUUCAUCAGGGUUUAGAAAAUCAUGACACUUUCUAUGGGACUUCUGGUAGUUUAUACUCCAUCAGUCCAGUUUUUCAUGUAUUCACACCUUCAGGAAAGGAGAAAAACUUUGUUUACAGCCACUUGCAUGGAACCGUUAAAUAUGAAGCUCAUCCGAAGCCUGUCGGACUUGCUUUUGGAGGAUCCUCUGGAAAUGAAAGAAUAUUUGUGGAUGAAGAUUUUGCUAAAGUUAUAGUUCGUCAUCAUGCUUGUGACAAAACUUACCAUCAUGGUCCUCUUUACCCUGACCAGGGGUUCUUACCGGUUGAAGCUCUGAUUAUGGACGUGGAGGUAUUGGGAUUGGGAGGAAAAAGGGCUAGAGAUAUUCAAUCAUCGUACAAAAAGAGGGAAGAACUCUUUACUGAGCAAAGACGAAAGGUUGACUUGAAAACAUUUGGAAAUUGGGAAGAUUCCCCCGAGAAAAUGAUGAUGGAUAUGGUUUCUGACCCUAACAGAGUUCGUAGAGAAGAUCGAUGAGCUGAUUCUUCCCUAGAAGAGAUUUCACACGAUCCAGGACUUCUAUCUUAAUGUAUAUAUAAGGAAAUGUUGGAGUUUUAUGUGCUACUACACUUUGAAUAAGAUUUGUAUGUUUGGCUUCAUAAGUCUGUAUUUCACCCACUCUGUUAUCUGUUGUGUCAAAAGUAAGUUUAUAUAGUACACAAACAUACUGCAUAUUAUGUAAGAUGUAUACUAGAUUUGAGAUACUCUGUUUGGUCAAAUAUUAUCCAUCAUCUAUGAUUUUUAUACAA